CAAGAUCUAAGAAAAUGAGCGUACCGUUGGUCACGGGCCCCCUUUUUGCAACCCCCCGUUUACAACCCCCCUUCAUCCCUUAAAUCCCUUCCGUCGUCAUGGGCGGAGUAACCUAUGACUCUGUGGACCCUGGACGUUGCAAGGGACCGACUGAAUUACUUCGAGGACGUUCCACUGCGAUACCUUUAUGGCAAGCCACGCUUGGAGGACCCCUUUUUCCAUUCUCUUGAUUUGGCGAGUUAUUCCGGGUUCAGCCAGAUCAUUAGCUACUCGAGUUUGGUCGUAUAAGAAGCAGUGUUAGCUUCGCUUGAUUUGAUUCGCCGUUGAAGGAAGAGUCAACACUACCUGCACAGACCAAAUCGAACAGACUUAUCGACACAGCAACUCCAGCAGAAAGCAGUGCAAGUCCCAUCAUGGCUCUCCAAGGAGCCGUCCUACGCCUGAUCCUGCUCACAGCAGCUCUGUUUGCAUGUGUCGCUAAUACUCACCCGACCCCCAACGGUAACUCGCUCGCGAACCAAGCCGACGCUGCUGUUGCGCAGCUACGCCUGUGGGUCGAGGGCAUCAGGCACGCUGGGGAGGUCCAGUCCGACACCGCUAGCGACGGCGACACGGACGUAGAAACGGUGCAGAACGCGAAUGUAGGCACCUUCGACGACAUCAUCAUCUGCCAGCUCCUCGGCGGGUUCACGGGAACGAACUCCCCCAAGAAACCCUUCCACAUCGCCCUCCCGCAAGAUGCACCCGACCGCUCGCACCCGGGUCCCGGCAACGCGACGCUCGAUGCCUACAGGGUGCUGCGCAGCGACCCGGCGUUUGCGAAACUCGCGGACUUGAUUGACGAGCGUCCGGCGGUGGUCGAGGCGUUGAAGGUGGAGGGCGCGGAUCUGACGGUGUUUGCGCCGGUCCAGGAGGCGUGGAGGUGGAAUACGUGUCCGCCGGGACAUGAUGUGCCGCCGGACGAGAUUGUUACCAAGAUCCUCCUCUACCACCUCGUCCCCGGCAUCCGCCCCGCCAAAACCCUCCACGGCGGCGGCCUCCUCACCACCGGCCUCGAGCUCGCAACCCUCGGCGGGCGCGCGCAAAAAAUCCGCGUGUUCUCCCCCAACUCUCACGGCAACCGGCCCCACCACGGCAUCUCGCUCAACCUGCACUCGCACGUGGUCGCCGCGGACAUCGAGUCCUCGAACGCGGUGAUCCAUGCGGUGGACAACGUGUUGAUCCCGCCGCCGGAUGCGUAUUGGCUGUUGAAGCAUGUUCCGCAUGCGUUUGGCGUGUUUGGCGUCGCGAUCAGGAAGGCCGGGUUGGAGGAUGUGGUGAGGGAGACGCCGGGGAUGACGCUUUUUGCGCCGAGUAAUCGCGCGUUUAGGAAGCUCGGAUGGAAGAAUCUCAAGUUCCUCUUCAGCCCCAAGGGCGCCAAGAUUCUUCGCAAGAUCGUCAACUACCACAUCUCACCCUCGCUCAAAUACGGCCCCGACAUCCUGCACGAGCGCAAGGUCAAGCUGCCGACCCUGCUGGACGGCGCGAGCAUCGAUGUGCGCGUCAAGCGGCUCCGGAGCCCGCACAGGGGCGAUCAUGGGAAGAAGGGGGAUGUGAUCGUCCUCAACAAAAAAACCCACGUCACCAUCGCCGACGGCCCCGCCAUGAACGGCGUCGUGCACGCCAUCGACAGAGUCCUCGUCCCGCCUCACAAGAAACACCACAAGAAACAUCACAAGAAACAUCGGCACCACCACGACGCCGAGGAUGAUCUCGCCGAAGAUGAUCUCGUCGCCGUUCACGAAGGCGAGGAUACCGACCCCCCGACCUCGCGGUGGUGGGUGCCGACCCACGACGCGAAGGCCGAUGGUGAGGGUGAGGGUGGGAUCGCGUACGAGGAUGAGAUGCUGGCCGUGGACGAGGACUGGCUUGUGGUUGAGGGGAUGUUGGAUGCGGUUGAGGACGGGGAGGAUGAGUGGUUGUGAAUUUUUCCCGCCUCGGUGCAUACGAGGAGUGAUGGAAGGGAGUGAUAGGCUUGAGCGGUCAUCGUGUGUAUGAGGAUCUGGAGAAGCUUUUUGGGCCGCCUGGUCUUCUUUUGUUCUGUAUUUUGGUGCUUUUGGGGGGGAAUACCCAUUUUUGUUGUUUUUCAUACCGACUUCCGUUCCGUUUCCUCUCCUUUCCUUUCUUACACAUGUUUGAGGCGCCCAAUGCGUACGACAACCAACAGGCACAGCAUUCAAUUGACAAACUGACAGAAAGAAAAAAAAGCACGCUAGAUAAAUAC